UACCCCAAAUUAAAACAGAAGAAGCUAUGACAAUGUUGGUACCUAUAGUUAGGGUUACUACUACACUGUUGUUCCUAAUCUUGAUUGCUCAAAAUCUCUCAAACACAAGUUCCUACCAAGGUAGCAAUAUUGCAACCAAAAGUGGCAACUUCGUCCCAAAUCGUGAGGCAAGCACUGAUGUGAAAGGCCAACAGAUUACAAGUAGACGUAUGCUCUCACCAAAUGGAAAAUCAAAAAACAUGGAUGGAUAUGUAGCAUUUACUGCAGAUUACAAGUUACCAAGGCAUCACCCUCCUAAGAAUAAUUAGUAUUAAGAUGUAACUAUGAUAUAAUUAUAUUAUCUCUGAUGGUAAUAUAUAUCUUUGUCUUCUCUAUAACUUCCUUUUCCUUUUAUAUACUUCAGUAUUAGUACUAGACUACUGGUGCUUACUUUAUAUGAAACCAAACUUCGAUAGAAAAUCGAACUAUGAUACUAUUUAGAUGUGUUCGUGCA